UUCGUCGUCCCAAGGGGACUUCCUUCUUGAUCCCACUUUGAAUUACUGCACGGUGAAUUACCCAACGCACUACACCAUGUCGCAAGAAACAGUCGAGGAUCCUGACAUGUGGAAAAAAGUGAAAGGGGUCAAAUAUGUAGCAGUAGAGGUAGCCGCGGACAGCUUGCUGACUCAAGUCGGUCCCUCAGUGUCCACAAAAUGCCAGCUAGAAGAGUCGAGCAAUGAAUUGGCUGGAUUCCAGGAAGAAGUAACUGGACUCAAGGAAGAAAUGACCGAGCUCAAGGAAGCACCCGAGCUCAAGAGUGAAGUGACCAAACUUGAGGAAGUGACGGAACUCGAGGGGAAUUUGACCAAGUUCAAGGAGAAAGCCAUCGAGCCCAAGACGGAAGUAACUGAUCUUAAGGGGGGACAGAUCAAACUUGAGGAGAAAGUGACCGAUCUCAAGGAGAAAGUGACGGAGCUGCGGAGGAGUCAUGGUGGCUACAUUACGGGUCGAUUUAGUCACUUAGAUGAUCAAAUCAAUGCUCCCGAAAGAUCUGAAUUUGCUGGCACGCAAGGCUUGAAGCGAAAGGAACACGAAAAAACUACUUCCAGCAAGCAGAAAAAGAGAAGGAUGGGCGAGGCUACUCCGAGAUCACAAUGCCCUUAUGACGGGAUAGUCUCGUCUACGCCAAAAUACUCAUGGAUUGGAGUCGAGGCAUCAUCCACCUCAGAAGCCUAUGGGGGAUGA